UCAAGACGUGAUCAGCUCUUGGUUCAGCAAAGAAUGCACAGCAUGAUCAACUCAGUGGAUGUGAAAUCAGAAAUUCCUCUUGGAUUAGAACAAGUCAGACCAUUAGAUUUGCGAACUGAUAUCAGGAUGAUGGCACCCAUGAUGGAUCCCUUGAUGCAGGAAAAGCAGUUACAACAGGAAUUAAUCCUGAUUCAACAUCAGCAGCAGAUUCAGAAACAGCUUUUGAUAGAAGAAUUUCAGAAACAGCAUGAGAACCUGACACGACAGCACCAAGCACAGAUCCAAGAGCACAUGAAGUUGCAAAAGGAACUCUUAGCCAUUAAGUAUCAACAGGAACUUCUUGAAAAAGAACAGAAACUUGAGCAACAGAGGCAAGAACAGGAAUUGGAAAGACAUCGCAGGGAGCAAUGUCCACCAAUCAAAAGCAGAGAAAGAAGCCGAGAAAGAGCGGUGGCCAGUACUGAAGUGAAGCAGAAACUUCAAGAGUUCCUGCUGAGUAAAUCAGCGGCGAAAGACUCACUAUCUAAUGGAAAGACUCAUUCCACUAGCCGGCGCCACAAGCUCUGGCACAUGGCUGCCCACCAUACCUCACUGGAUCAAGCUUCUCCUCCUCUUUGUGGUACAUCUCCUUCAUAUAAAUACACAUUGCCGGGAGCACAAGAUGCCAAGGAUGACUUUCCACUCCGCAAAACUGCUUCUGAACCCAAUUUGAAAGUUCGCUCCAAGUUAAAACAAAAAGUAACAGAAAGAAGAAGCAGCCCUUUACUCAGAAGGAAAGAUGGAACAAUGGUCUGCUCAUUGAAGAAAAGAUUAUUUGAGAUGACAGAAUCAUCAGUUGGGAGCAGUUCUCCAGGAUCAGGCCCAAGUUCACCAUGUAAUGGUCCUACAAGAAAUACAGAGAAUGAAACAUCAGUAUUGCCUUUGAAUUCCCCAGCGGAGGAUAUGGUUCCAAGACAUUGCAUUCUCAUCAAUAAAGAAUCAAUGAACCUUUUGAAUCUCUAUGCAUCUCCUUCUUUACCUAACAUCACUUUAGGACUUCCGGCAGUACAACCACCACUUACAGUGUCAUCACCAUUUACAGAAAAACAAAAGAAUGAGAUGCAGUCAAACAAGCAAGGGGUAGCCAUGUCUAGUCAGCCUAGGGGGACUAUCAGUUCACUUUCAAGUCCUCAGCCCAUUGUUCCAGAGGGAAAGCCAAACUAUAGCCAUCAGGCUAUCUUGCAACAUUUGCUAUUGAAGGAGAAAAUGAGGCAAAAACUUCUACCCACAGGUACAGGAUCUCUUCAGCCACAGUCACCACUGGCAACCAAUGAAAGUGUCUCACCUGGCCUAAGACCUACACAUAAGUUACCUCGACACAGGCCACUAAACAGAACCCAGUCCGCUCCCCUUCCUCAGAGCACCUUGGCUCAACUUGUCAUUCAACAACAGCAUCAGCAGUUUCUGGAGAAGCAGAAACAGUACCAGCAGCAGAUUCACAUGAACAAAAUGCUUUCUAAGUCCAUAGAACAAUUAAAACAACCUGGCAGUUUGGAAGAAGCUGAAGAAGAACUUCAAGGAGAACAUUUGAUGCAGGAAGAAGGAGCUGCCCCUGUUGGUGUCAGUGCUAGGGAUAACAGCAGUAGCAUUUCUUUGCACAACUUGGGACAACCUUUUGGAGCUGUGAAAGUGAAAGAAGAACCAAAGGACAGUGGUGACAGUAUUCAAAAUCAACAAAUGGAAUCUGGGGAGCAGUCUGCUUUUAUGCAACAGCAAGUCCCGGAGCAACAGCAUUUACAGCAACUGCAAGUGUAUCAGGCUCAGACAACUACAAUUGGCAUGGUGCAUGUAGAUGAGCACCAACCUAAUGCCAACACACAGACUUCCCUGACAACUUGUGUAUUAUCUCACCCAAUUGUGGACCAGUCUAUUCAACAAAUCUCCAUGACAGGUGUUGCAUAUGACACACUAAUGUUGAAGCACCAGUGUUUGUGCGGCAAUUAUACCAAUCACCCUGAGCAUGCUGGAAGAAUACAAAGCAUUUGGUCAAGGCUGCAAGAAUGUGGGCUGUUAAACAAAUGUGAGCGGAUUCGAGGUCGAAAAGCCAGUUUGGAAGAAAUACAGCUGGUUCACUCCGAACAUCAUUCACUGCUCUAUGGCACCAGUCCCCUGAACAGACAGAAGCUGGACCCCAGGAAAAUCCUAGGCAGUGCCCCUCACAAAUCUUUUUCAUUGCUGCCCUGUGGAGGUCUUGGUGUGGACAGUGACACCAUUUGGAAUGAGCUGCAUUCGUCCGGUGCUGCACGCAUGGCUGUUGGCUGUGUCAUCGAAUUGGCUUCCAAAGUAGUCUCAGGAGAGCUGAAGAACGGUUUUGCUAUCGUGAGGCCCCCAGGCCAUCAUGCUGAAGAAUCAACAGCCAUGUAA